CUGUGGUCUUUUGGGCAAAAAGCAUCCUGACUGUCAUGGCUGAGGUAUUUACACCGCUGGACUGCUUGCUCCCUUCAGCCUGGUGAACCAGGAGAGCCCCCUGGAGCAGAAGUACAGAAUCCACCUUUUACACGUGGAUGCUUCCAUAAAACUGUGCAUGGCAGAGCAGUUUGAUGUGACCUGCCUAUACACUGCAAAAGGGGAGAAACAUUUCCCCUUGGACAGCAGAGGGGGGACGCCAAACAGCUUCACACAGAACACAGAAGUUCUGUUUGCUGAUCCUUAAUCAACCUCUGGAUGAAGACUACUUUCAUCAGCUCUGGCCGAAAGCAACACUCAAGGCAUGUGCUGAUGGAGGAGCAAAUCAUCUCUACGACCUCACAGCUGGGGACCGGGAAAGUGGGCAGCCAUGCGUUACAGUGGAAUCCUCUGCCUGGGAGUACCUUCGCUUUAUUAAAUCUAGGAUUAGAAAGUCCUGGACGACUCGCUCCCUCCCUUCCCUUCAUCCUUAGGUUUCUUCCGGACUACAUCAGUGGGGACUUUGAUUCCAUUAAACCAGAAGUCAAGGAAUUUUACAAGGAGAAGAAAUGCAAGAUCAUAGAAACCGAAGAUCAAGACCUAACAGAUUUUACUAAAUGCCUGCACAUCAUGGUGGAAGAAAUAAAGAACAAGCGUUUACAGCUGGACGCCAUAGUGACCCUGGGAGGGCUGGCUGGCCGCUUCGAUCAGACGAUGGCUACAGUGGAGAGUCUCUUCCACGCCCUGAACAUGACAGACCUGCCUGUCCUAGUCAUCCAAGGCACUUCCCUGGCCUGCCUGCUCAGACCGGGCAAGAAGCACAUUCUGAACGUGAACACAGGGCUGGAAGGAGACUGGUGCAGCCUGGUGCCUGUGGGGGGCCCCUGCAUGACUGUGACUACGGGCCUGAAGUGGAACCUCAACAAUCAGCUACUUCAAUUUGGAAAACUAGUCAGCACCUCCAACACCUAUGAGUCACAUCAUCCCCAAGAGACAAGACAGCCUGUGACAGUGAGGACAGACCAGCCCCUGCUCUGGAGUAUGGGCAUCUGCAGGAAACAGAAGACAUGGCCCUAGAUAUGACCACAUCCUGUGGCUUCUAUAAUCUUCUCAUACAGGGCCCCGAAGGAAUGCAAAGCCACAAGUUUGGGUUUUCAUUUAUUAACACAGCCAAAUACAAAUAUACAGUGAAUGUAAAAGUGACGCACCACACCGCCCCACCACCCCCACUGAAGGUCUUCAAUCCUCUGUCCCCUGCCAGCCAGUCAUCAGAUCAAAGACUCAACCACCACUGUAAGAGAAAUAGGAGGUUUUCAAAUCAAAACGUCCAACUUAAAAGGCAUGAAAAGCUGGUAAUGAUUUAGGAUCAGCAAUGUACUUUUCUUUAGACCACAGCUCUUCAGUACUGAUCUGGUGUCUGUAGGUUUCCAAUCCAGCUCCAAAUUUAACUUAAGUCAGUCCAAUAUCUGCUUAACCAAACCACUUCAAGUUCCUUUGUCCAGAUACUGUCAAUGAGGAAAUUCUAUUCAUCAUCACGUUUUACCACACAUAUACCUCAAUUUUAACAAUAAAAAAAUGACAAAGCUC